UGAGCCACAGGCACCGCCCGGGCUAUGUAAGCUACACAAGUGCAGGUAUUUCUGUUGUAACUCCAGCCCCUAGAACAGUGUCUAGUCCAUCAGUAAGUGUCCAAUAAAUAUCCAGUAAAUUAACUAUCUAGAAGGUUAGGGAAGUGUCAUAGUGAGAAAGCCUGAAGCCUGAAGUUCAGGGAACCAUGACCUUUAUCUUCAGAUACAUGAAAGACUAAAAUUCUGUCCCUGUCCACAAAUAUUUAUAGAAGGCCCAUUAUGUGUUAGGUACCAAAUUAGGUGGUGGGGUUCAGUUACGAACGAAGUCAUGCCCUGACCUCAGAUGAAAGGUCGGGGUUUGGGGGUGUAAAUGGCAGGGAAACAGCCUACUCAACAUAAUACACUUUUCUCAGCCUCAGCUGCUUUGAAAUGGUCUCGCUGCUCAGAAGGUGAUGAGUGCAGGACUGCAGUGUUCCAGGAGGGUGCGGGCCGCCCACCUGUCUAUCAGAGGCUGCGCAAGGAGUAUGCAGAGAAGAGAUUCUUGGCUUGGGUGAGGUAAUUUCCCACCCCCAGGUUCCCUGCCUACAAAACGCUGCAAUUCUCUGACGCUGAAGAUUCCGAUCUUAUUACUUCCUGACUUUCAAGGUUCCGUGAUGCUGACAGUUGUCAGUCUACCCAUACCCACUGGACUCAAAAUAAAUAAAGGCGAGUUUAGCAAGGGUCCUACGUCCACCCCCUGCCUCAAAAGGUCUUGGGGUGGUCGGUGCCCGCUUCCCCACCUCCUGGGGGCUGUACGGGUGUAGCACGAACGCCAGGAUGCUGGGGACGUCGUAAGAAGGGUGCCCUGGAGAUGGCGUUAACAGACCCAGGACACGUGACAGUCAAAGCAUCACGUUCUGCGGUCCGCUAGGCUGGAACCAGGCCGGUCACGUGACCCGGGGGUGCACCGUGGGGUGAUGUGAGAUGUGGGUCUCUCAGAUUACGCACAAAUGACGCAUUCCCACCACUUUUGGCAACCAGAUUUUCGUUGGAAGAUGGGACAGUUCCGGUAAAGGAGGCGGAGUCUUACGUCCAGGCAGCUUCGCUUCCGUUCGGGGCGCCACAGCUUCCGACUUCUAACCUCCGCCUCUGCCUCAGGCGAGGAAGAGACGCGACUCCGUGCGCAUGCUCCUCAUCGUCCCAGAGGGGCGGGGCUGAGGCUACGGGAGCGGGAGGGGGGAAGAAAAGGGAAUUCCAACCUGUGGAACCCCGGGGGUCCCGGGGGUCUGCUCCUUCUCAUUGACUGCGGACGGUGCAAGGGACGGAGCCACUGGCGGCUCGUAGGGUUGUUGGAGUCCGUAGGGCGGGGGAGGGGAGUGUCAGUGAGUGGGGUACGGGAAUUCCAAACUUAGAACCUCGAGGCCCUCGGGGCUCAGGCGCCGGGGAGAGGGAGCUCAGGCAGCCAUGCGGGACAGGACCCACGAACUGAGACAGGGAGAUGACAGCUCGGAUGAAGAAGACAAGGAGCGGAUCGCGCUGGUGAUGCACCCAGGCACCGCAAGGCUGGGGAGCCCGGACGAAGAGUUCUUCCAAAAGUCCUCUCGGUCACCCUCCCCAGGUCCGGACAAUUCGGCAGACUAUUGUCAAGCUGGAGAAUAAAGUCCAAGAGUUGGAGAAGCAGCAGGUCACCAUCCUAGCCACGCCCCUUCCCGAGGAGAGCAUGAAGCAGGACCUGCAGAACCUGCGCGACGAGAUCAAACAGCUGGGAAGGGAGAUUCGGCUGCAGCUGAAGGCCAUAGAGCCCCAGAAGGAGGAAGCUGAUGAGAAUUAUAACUCCAUCAACACGAGAAUGAGAAAAACCCAGCAUGGAGUCCUGUCCCAGCAAUUUGUGGAGCUCAUCAACAAGUGCAACUCUAUGCAGUCUGAGUACCGGGAGAAGAAUGUGGAGCGAAUUCGGAGGCAACUGAAGAUUACCAAUGCUGGAAUGGUGUCUGAUGAGGAGCUGGAGCAGAUGCUGGACAGUGGGCAGAGUGAGGUGUUUGUGUCCAAUAUACUGAAGGAUACGCAGGUGACUCGACAGGCCCUAAAUGAGAUCUCAGCCAGGCACAGUGAGAUCCAGCAGCUUGAACGCAGUAUCCGUGAACUACAUGAGAUCUUCACUUUUCUAGCUACUGAGGUGGAGAUGCAGGGGGAGAUGAUCAAUCGAAUUGAGAAGAACAUCCUUAGCUCAGCAGACUACGUGGAACGUGGGCAGGAACACGUUAAGAUAGCCCUGGAAAACCAGAAGAAGGCGAGGAAGAAGAAAGUCUUGAUUGCCAUCUGUGUGUCCAUCACUGUCAUCAUACUGGCAAUCAUCAUUGUUGUCAGCACAGUGGUUGGAUAAUGAUGCUGCAGAUUCUCGGCAUUGGGAGCAUCAGGAACCCAGGGCCUGGCCUUCUCUCCCGGCGGCUGGGGGGCAGGGCAGAGCCUCCAGCUGGACCCCCCUUCCUCACACUGGCCCCUGUGCAGAGGGGCAAACGGUUCUUCUGGGGUUGGCAGCUGCUCAUUUAUGGGGGCCUCCCUCUUCAGGCCAUAAUGUCUAGAGGUGGGCCUAUCACGUCCUGUUUGGCUAGGACAUGUGGUUUUAUAAAAAAUUAAAAAAAAAGAAGAAGAAAAA